CUUCUGCAGGUUGUGCCAUUCCUGAGCCACAUGGCAGAGUCUCCUGUGGGCCCUCAAACUCCAUUAUCUGCAUCCUUCCCCAGUGUUGUGACAUACCAUAAGGAUUGGGGUGUUUUAUCUGAGGCAGAGGCCAGGAAAACUCAGAAUGCCUUGCAAAAUGGGAACUUGCUGGAGGUGGUCUCUGCUGUCCUGGAAACUGUGAGAAGAGCAUCCAGUGUACCAGUCAACAUUGCUGUGACAGGGAACUCUGGGAAUGGCAUAUCCACGUUCAUCAAUGCACUUCGAGGCAUCGGCAAUGAGGAGGAGGACUCAGCUCCCACUGGGGUGGUAAGAACCACCCUAACACGUGCCCACUACUCAUCAUCCCAUUUGUCAAGUGUGGUGCUGUGGGACCUCCCUGGAUUGGGGGUUACCUCUCAGAGCCUGGAGGACUAUGUGGUAGAAAUGCAGUUUAAUGACUAUGACUUGUUUAUCAUCAUUGUGUCUGAACAAUUUAGCAUGAAUCAUGGGAUGCUUGCUAAAAUCAUUGAGUGCCAUGGCCCCUUACAAACCCUGUUGUAUAACUUUGAGAAGAUCAUUAAUGAUAAAGUGGCCUACUUUCAGAAGGAAAUAGCCACAAACUCUUUCCCUAAUAUUCAGAGUGCUGAUGAUUUGACAGAGUCUCUGAAUGUUUACCGGUUGUCCUUUGGUGUGCAUGAUGGAUCUCUCCGGCAGGUUGUACAGAGCAUGGGCAAAGAAUCAUUGGAAUACACUGCUAUCAUGAAGUCCCGAGACCUACCAGCUCUUGUCAGAGGGGACUGGAAACUGAAAUUCAUGACUUCUAGAUUUAUGAAGGCAUGCCUCUGUUUGCCCAGAUGCAUCCCACCCUUACAUAAUUGGGUUGUCCAAAGUGUUAGACGAAGGAAACAGAAACGUGUCCUUGAGAUCGUUGCUGAGGACACUAAGACUGUCUUGAGAAAUGUCCUGAAAGAUUCAUUAUCUCAGGCUAGGAACCAGAGUAGGAAGAGUACCACAGGCUCUUUUUCUGGUGGUAGUCACAACAGCUUGGUUUCUUCUUCUCAGAUCAUAGAUAUUUAA